AUGGGUACUGCUGCAUCUAGCGUAGAAAAACAACGCACAAAAUCCAUAAGUGAAGAGGAACUGAAAGAUCCCAAGACCGUUAUGUUAGCAAGUGCUCGCGAUGGAAACAUCGAAGAACUGACUCUCGUAAUACAGCAAGGAAUGGAUCCGAAUGAAAGAGAGUCGCCAUUUUCAGGCUUACGGGCGCUUCACUUUGCCGCUCGGCACGGUCAUCUGGAAUGCAUGGAAACGCUUCUAGAACUCGGCGCAGACGUGACCGCUGAGGACUUCUACGGCUGGCAAGCAAUCCACGAGGCUGCUUUAAACGGUCACGCGGAAUGCCUUGCGCUAUUGCUGGAAUACGGCUCCAAAGUGGACGCUGCCGCGUGCAACAACAACGGUCCCAACACGCCGCUGCAUUACGCCGCCAGGCACGGUCACGUGCGCUGCGUGGAACUGCUGCUUAUGCAUGGCGCUGAUUGGAAGAGCUCCAACAAGUAUGGGGAGAAUCCGCUGCACUGCACAGCAAUGCGGGGUCACGUGGAUUGUAUGCUUGCUCUUGUCCAUGCAGGGGCUGAUAUAAACACAGAAACUCGAGACGGCUUGACCCCCGCAUACUUUUGUGCAGUGUGUGGUCACUCAACAUACCUUAAAGAACUCAUGAAACAAGGAAUAGAUAUCAAUAGAAGAUACAAGGAACCCAAGCGCACCUUAUUACACUACGCUGCAGAAGCUGGGCAAAUAAGAGUCCUCAGGGCACUUUUGAGAAAGGGCGCAGACAUGGAGAUUCACGCCGGCCCACGAUCUUUUACUCCCUUACAUUUAGCAGCGAGACAGGGCUGUGAAAAAGGAGCGGAAUUGUUGCUAAGAUACGGUGCUAACGUGGACGCGCUAUCGCUAAAAGGGUGCACUCCUCUUCAUCACGCGGCGCGCUGUGGAAAAGUAGAAAUUGGCAGAAUACUCGUGGCUAACGGCGCAAACGUUAACGCCAUAUCAGAGGACACCCACGAGACCCCGUUACACAUGUGUGUACAGCGGCACGACAGCAAGUUCACAAAACUACUUGUGAAAGCCAAUGCUGAUCUCUACAUCCGGGACAACAGCGGGGACCGACCAAUUGACAUCAAGCAAGAAAACGAGGAUGUAACUAACACGCUCAAGGCCGCCAUGUUUGAGAAAGACAGGGUCGAGAAGGCUAAAACAAGCUCAAGUUAA